CCAAAAGCGAUAUUUUUCAGGGCCUGCGUUUUCCAAUUCUCACACAGCAUGUCCUACAGAGCAGUUGCGGCCGCCGCCCCGUGGGCUCGCGCCGUCUGCAGAGCAAGCUGCUCUCGCAUCUCGACAACACAGCGUCUGCUCGCCCAUGGCCAGCGCGCCGUCCAGGCCUCGUCUGUCUAUCGACCAGCCAGCUACCGAUCCAUUGCUUCGACAUCCACAGCCCGCGCCGCCGUCGCCGAUGACGCACCGCUGCCCUUUUCGUUUGUCGAUAUCCUCGCCGACUCCAAGACUACGCCCCAGACGCUCACGGAGAAGAUUGUGCAGAACCACGCCGUCGGCCUGGCAGAGGGCAAGGUCGUGCGCAGCGGUGAUUAUGUCCAGAUCAGACCGUACCGCUGCAUGAGCCACGAUAACACUUGGCCCAUUGCUAAGAAGUUUAUGUCGAUUGGCGCCACGCAGGUCAACGACCCCAAGCAGAUGGUGUUUGCAAUUGACCACGAUGUGCAGAACAAGACCGAGGCCAACUUGAAGAAGUAUGAGCAGAUUAAGAAGUUUGCUGAGACCCAUGGAAUUGUCUUUUACCCUCCUGGUCAUGGUAUUGGUCACCAGGUUAUGGUGGAGGAGCUCUACGUGUGGCCUGGUAAGCUGUGUGUUGCGUCGGAUAGCCAUAGCAACAUGUACGGCGGCAUUAGCUCGCUGGGCACGGCGCUUGUUCGUACGGAUGCUGCCUCUAUCUGGGCGACUGGCAAGAGUUGGUUCCAGGUGCCUCCUGUGGCCAAGGUAACGCUGACUGGUGUGAUGCCUGCCGGUGUCACUGGCAAGGACGUCAUUGUCGCGCUGUGUGGCCUUUUCAACAGCGAUGUGCUGAACCAUGCUGUUGAGUUUGCUGGCUCGGCUGAGACCAUGGCCAGCAUCGACAUUGACAACAGACUCGCCAUCAGCAACAUGUCCACUGAAUGGGGCGCCCUCUCAGCCAUGUUCCCUAUUGAUCAGACGCUUGAGCGCUGGAUGCGCUACAAGGCCACUGAGGCGGCCAUGAUGCCGGAGCGCUCAACAUCGGAGCGCAUCACGCAUGAGAAGGUCGACGAGCUCUUUGCUAACCCCAUUGCUGCUGACGAAGGCGCCCAGUAUGCCAAGCAGCUCUAUCUCGACCUCUCCACCCUCUCGCCCUACGUCUCGGGCCCCAACUCGGUCAAGGUGUCCACGCCGCUCAACGACCUUGCCUCGCAGAACAUCAAGGUCAACAAGGCCUACAUUGUGUCCUGCACUAACAGCAGAGCGUCGGAUCUUGCUGCUGCCGCCAAGGUCUUCCAGGACGCUGCUAAGGCUAACGACGGCCAGGUCCCCAAGGUUGCCGCUGGCGUCCAGAUGUACAUUGCUGCUGCGUCGGCGCGCGAGCAAGAGGCCGCCGAGGACGAAGGCAACUGGCAGACAUUGCUCGAUGCUGGUGCUAUUCCCCUGCCAGCAUCUUGCGGGCCUUGCAUCGGCCUUGGCACCGGUCUUUUGGAGGAAGGCGAGGUUGGUAUCUCCGCAUCGAACCGUAACUUCAAGGGCCGCAUGGGCUCGAGAUUGGCCCAGGCCUACCUUGCCAGCCCCGAGGUUGUGGCCGCUAGUGCGCUCAACGGCACCAUCUCUGGCCCCGGCACAUACCAGGUCCCCGAGAACUACCAGGGUGUCGACUACGGCUACGGCACCGGCGCCGCUGCCACCCCUGCCAGCGAGCUGGGCAACGCUCUGGAGCAGCUCGAGUCGCUGAUUGGCCGUCUUGAGGCUUCGGCCAGCGGCGAGGAGUCCGAGUCGUCAGAAACAGCAGCAGCAGCAGGCACCAAGAUCCUGCCUGGCUUCCCUGAAAAGAUUACGGGUGAGAUUGUCUUCUGUGACGCUGACAACCUGGAUACGGACAACAUCUACCCCGGCAAGUACACGUACCAGGACGACAUCACCAAGGAGGGCAUGGCGGAGGUGUGCAUGUCCAACUACGACCCCGAGUUCCGCACCAUCACCAAACCCAGCGACAUUCUAGUGUCGGGCUUCAACUUUGGCUGCGGCUCCUCGCGCGAGCAGGCCGCCACGGCCAUUCUGGCUCGCUCCAUCCCGCUUGUUGUGUCGGGCAGCUUUGGCAACAUCUUCUCGCGCAACAGCAUCAACAACGCCCUGCUGGGUCUCGAGGUGCCGCGCCUGGUAGAGCGUCUGCGUGCUACUUUUGGCGCUGACGGUGAAAAGGUGCUUACUCGCAGAACAGGCUGGACUUUGACGUGGGAUGUGGCCCGCAGCACUGUCGAAGUCCAAGAGGGCGAAGGCGGCGAUAAGUGGGAGGAGAAGGUUGGCGAGUUUGCAGAGAACUUGCAGGAGAUUGUGGCCAAGGGCGGUCUGACGGACUGGAUCAAGGCGGAGAUUGCUAAGAAGGCGUAAAGAGGAGGAGUGGAAGAUACCAUUGUUGAAAAAGUUUAAUGGGGUUUUUUGGUUGUAUUAUAGAAAGUAGUAAAGCAGAUGCAUUUUCGUCUCUUCGUCACCACUCUCACAUGCUUCCCUCAUGAUGCGCAUUGUAGGCUCACCACGGAUAAUUCAAAAAUAAAAUAGAA